AUGAACCUCACGCUGGGCCUGGCCCUUUUCCUGGCUGGCCUUCUCACUGUGAAAGGUCUUCUGAAGCCCAAGUUCUCACCACAGAAUCAUGGAGCUUUGAACCAGGCCCCAGACUGGAGGGGAAGGAUAGCAGCCAAGGAGCUUGCAAAGCGGAAUGUAAAUUUUGGCUUCAAAUUGCUCAAAAAGCUGUCCUCCAGAGAUCGUGGCAAGAACAUCUUCCUUUCUCCCUUAAGUAUCUCUACAGCUUUUGCCAUGCUGUGUCUGGGUGCUGAGGAUCCCACCCUGGCUGAGAUAAAGCAGGGGUUCAACUUUAGGAACAUGCCAACGAAAGACCUUCAUGAGGGCUUCCAUUUUAUUAUCCGCAGGCUGAACCAGGAGACCAAGAACCUCAAGGUAAGACUUGGGAACACUCUAUUCAUUGACCCAAAGCUGCAGCCACAGCAGAAGUUUCUGAAAGACAUCAAGAACUUGUACUAUGCAGAUGCCAUCCCCACCAACUUUCAGAACUUGGAAAAUACUCGGCAGGAAAUCAAUGACUAUAUCAGUCAGAAAACCCAUGGGAGAAUUAACAACCUGGUCAAGAAUAUAGACUCUGGCACUAUGAUGCUUCUUACAAAUUAUAUUUUCUUUCGAGCCAAGUGGCAAUAUGAGUUUGAUCCAAAAUUAACUAAAGAGGAAGAUUUCACUCUGGAGAGCCAGAAGUCAGUGAAGGUGCCCAUGAUGUUCCGUGGAGGCAUGUACAAAGUUGGCCGUGAUGAGCAGCUCUCCUGUACCAUCCUGGAAAUACCCUACCUGAAAAACAUCACAGCCACCUUCAUUCUUCCUGAUGAAGGCAAGAUGGAGCAACUGGAAGAGGCCUUGCAGGCAGAUAUCCUGUCCAGAUUCAAAACAUCAAUGUCAGAGAGGGUUGUCGAUGUGUCUGUGCCCAGACUUCACAUCACUGGCACUUAUGACCUGAAGAAGAUGCUCUCCCUCGUGGGUGUCAACAAAAUCUUUGAGGAGCACGGCGAUCUCACCAGGAUCUCCCCUCACCUCAGCCUGAAAGUAGGCGAGGCAGUGCAUAAGGCUGAGCUGAAGAUGGAUGAGAAGGGUACGGAAGGGGCUGCAGGCUCCGGAGCACAGACGCUGCCCAUGGAGACACCAAUGCCUGUCAAGAUAAACAGACCCUAUAUAUUAAUGAUUGGUGACCUGUUGACACCUUCCAUACUUUUCUUGGGAAAGAUUGUUAAUCCUAUUGAGAAAUAA